GUGACGCGCAACGCCAUGGGGCAGCAGCCCAUCACCUUCCUGCGCCAGGUGACGGCGCUGUGCCUGUGCCCCGAGCUGAUGAAGGACGAGUCGGUGCCCAGCGACGCCAAGGAGCGCGCACAGCGCCUGCUGGACGCCUGCGGCGGCGGCAGCGUCGGCUCGUACAGCGCCAGCCCCGGGGUGCAGAUGGUGCGCGAGAGCGUGGCGCGCUACAUCGAGCGCCGCGACGGCGGCAUCCCCGCCAAGGCCGACGACAUCUUCCUGUCCACGGGCGCCAGCGACGCCAUCGUGAACAUGCUGAAGCUGCUGGUGUGCGGCUCGGGCGCGUCGCGCACGGGGGUGCUGAUCCCGAUCCCGCAGUACCCGCUGUACUCGGCGGCGCUGGCCGAGCUGGAGGCGGCGCAGGUCAAUUAUUACCUGGCCGAGGAGCGCUGCUGGGCGCUGGACGUGGCCGAGCUGCGCCGGGCGCUGUCCGAGGGCCGCCGGCGCUGCAACCCCCGCGCGCUCUGCAUCAUCAACCCCGGCAACCCCACCGGCCAGGUGCAGAGCCGCGAGUGCAUGGAGCAGGUCAUCAAGUUCGCCUACGAGGAGAAGCUCUUCCUGCUGGCCGAUGAGGUGUACCAGGACAACAUCUACGCCGAGGGCUCGGCCUUCCACUCCUUCAAGAAGGUCCUGAUGGAGCUGGGGCCGCCCUACUCGGACUCGGUGGAGCUGGCCUCCUUCCACUCCACCUCCAAGGGCUUCAUGGGAGAGUGCGGCCUGCGCGGGGGCUACAUGGAGGUGGUGAACCUGCACCCCGAGGUGAAGGCCGAGCUCAUCAAGCUCGUGUCCGUCCGUCUGUGCCCGCCCGUGCCCGGACAGAUGAUCCUGGACGCCAUCGUGGACCCGCCCAAGCCCGGAGAGCCGUCCUACGAGCGCUUCCAGGCGGAGAGGGAGGCGGUGCUGAGCGCGCUGGCGGAGAAGGCGCGGCUGACGGAGGAGAUCUUCAACCGCACGCCCGGCAUCCACUGCAACCCCGUGCAGGGCGCCAUGUACUCCUUCCCCCGCAUCGACCUGCCGCCCCGCGCCGUGGCCGCCGCCAAGGAGAAGAAGCAGAGCCCGGACAUGUUCUUCUGCAUGCGGCUCCUGGAGGAAACCGGCAUCUGCGUCGUGCCCGGCAGCGGCUUCGGGCAGAAGGAGGGCACCUACCACUUCCGGAUGACCAUCCUGCCGCCCACGGAGAAGCUGAAGAUCCUCCUGGAGAAGCUCAGCUCCUUCUACACCAAAUUCGUCCAGGAAUUCUCUUAACCGGGGGGUGGCCGCGGCCCCUCUGUCACCUCCUGUCACCUCCUGCCACCUCCUGUCACCCCGUGUCACCUCCUGUCACCCCGUGUCACCUCUGUCACCCCGUGCCACCCUCCCCAGGUGUCGCGGGGCCGUUUGUGUUUGUUGGGAAUUGCGGGGCAGGUCCCCACCCCUCCGUGUCCCCAAAUAAAGGACGGUGACCGGC